AACGCUACACCUUGUCACCAUCGAUGAGCUUGGCAGGCUUAUCAGUAAACGGCGAUCUACCCCAGCAUUAAGUGCAGGAACGAGUCUACUCCUUCUAGUGUUUUACCGUCCCAAUCUUUCCCUCGCGUUAACAACUCAGGUUCAAGAUAUCAUGGAAGCAAUUAGCGGUACAGCAGCUAAUCGAAAAGUCAGUCUCUGCCAGUGCGCGACAUCUGAAUCAUUAUCGGAUGUCAUCGGUGCGCUGCGAAACAUCGUCACGCUCACAGGUUCACGAGCCAUCAUUCCAGAUCUCGAAACCCCGUACUCCCGAAGUUUUCCGACUACGAACGGCCCUGUCAUCGAGUUCAAAGACCUGAGUAUCAGCGCCAUCCUCAACGAACGUCAGCGGCAGUUGGAUGCAGUAUCGCAUGACAUUUCAGACCUGGAAACAGUCGUGGAUAGUAUCAAAUAUCUCACGCAGAAACUCGUCGAAAAGAAGGACAAGAUCAACCAGUCCUUGAAUUUGCACAAGCGACUGGUAUCGGCUCUCUGGCGCUUGCCAACUGAAAUCCUAUCCCGAAUAUUUUCACAGUGUCUCUCGCAAUUCCUCCAGGACAUGCGGCCCGCAAAAAAAGAUGAUGCUCCCAUUCUGAUGACCAGAAUAUGCAAGCGGUGGAGGGAGGUUGCUGUGGGCGUGCCUGGUUUAUGGCGCAGGAUACAGUUCUGGGGCGGGGAAGUUCACAAUGAAAGAUGGCAGUCUGCAGCUUUCGGCUAUGACUUAUGGCUCAAGCGAUCAAGAGGACUUCCGCUCUCGAUGGGAGUCGCCUGCUAUGACGCAGAUGGCUCCUCCAUCAAGCUACGAAGCUUUCUCCAGCCUUACAUUAAUCAAAUCGUCUCUCUCUCUAUCCUUGCUUUCCACCGCAUCGACGCACCCGAACUUAUGUUCAAAGACCUUCCAGCACUGCAGGAGCUGAUCCUAUCAGUGCACAAGCAUUCUGAAAUUCCACGCAUUGCACAAUCCAUCUCGCCACUGUCGUCUACCAUGCGCAGUCUCAGGGUUUCAACUCCGAUGUUCAAACUCGAGGAUUUUUCUCCUUUCACUCCGGUAUUGACACACCUGACAAAUAUCGAGGUCGCUAUAAACAGACUGGAUAUAUUCCCCCACUUGCUCCGUCUGUGUCCCAACCUCUCCUCUGUAACGAUUCGUUCAGGCUUCACCCAGCAAAUGCAAAUCAUUGAACCCUUCACGCAUACCAAACUGCGAUCCUUGCGCAUCGCUCUUAACCCUGGAGACAAGGUACUAUACCGUGCUUCUCCCAAAUUACCCCCUGUGGGCACAGCGCAUUUUUCCGCCCUGUUCGACGCUCUAUCAUUCCCCAAUUUACGCGUGCUUGAAGCUCGCUAUAUAGAAGCGCACGAAUGCGAACUGUUCGAAUGGCUCCCAUCCCUCCAUUCACAGCAGCUUGAAGGUUGCUAUGCACAAUCAUGGCCUCACGCGGAGUUGAAGGCAUUGCUGGAACGGUCAAAUUGUACCCUGGAGAAACUGGUUCUCGGCCCUGGAGUGAUGACGACAGAUGAGCAGCGAGCGGAAUAUGUUGCGCUUAUCCCUUCCCUCAAAGUAGUAUCUCAUGCGUCAAGAUGACUUUGCUGCGUGGAGUUGUGC